UCGAAAAAAUAUCAUUCAGUCUUCGGCUGUUCUACUGAAAACAACACAAAAUAUUUUCUUAUAGAAAGUGAUUUAAUCCAAACAAAAUAUUAAAAAUGAAACUCAUCUUUGUAUUCGCACUUAUCGCCGCUGUUUCAUGUGAUGUCUCACACAUCGUCCAAGGAGAUGGAUGGUUCAAAGACGAAACUGGAUAUCAUUAUACUCAACCAGCAGCUAAGUUUGAUGAAGCAGUUGCAGAAGAAUAUGUUGUUGUCGAUGAACCAGCACUAGUUGCCGAGCCAGAGCCAGUCGUUGUUGAAGUUCCAUUUGAAACCCCAGUAGAAGCACCACUCGAAGAAGUCGUCGUUGCUGAUGAACCAACACCAGUCGAAGCUGUCGAAGCUGUCGAACCAGAAGUUGUUGCUGAAGUUCUUGCUGAUCCAGUUGAAGCUGUCCCAGAAGUUAAAGUAAACAACGAAUACCUUCCACCAGUUGCACCAGCUGAUGCUAAGAAGAAGAGACAAACUCCAGUUCGUCGUGUCAUCCGUAAAGUAUAUCGUCGUUUUGUACCAGUCAAAAGACAUUAAAUCAAUUACCAUCAAAAAGUUACUAUCAAGCAAAAAAGAUCAUCGCUAUGAAGAAAAACUAUAAAACUUUAUCAGACACAACAAGAAAGAAGAAAGCGAAAUUCGAUUAAUUGUCGAAACGUGAUAGCAUCUAUAUUAGAUGUCAUCUUUUGGGUUUCUUUUUUUGGGGAUUCUUUCAACAAACAUUUUUUCUUUCUCUCAUGUUUAAUUUCUACUCAUUUUUAAAUUCUGAAUAAAUCGCAAAUUCCUAUAAGAGGAAAUAUAUAAGCAUUUUUUAUUAAUUUUGUUUUAACAGGUA